UGUCAAAGAUGUAUCUGAUUUAGACGCUUUAAUUUUCGAGAAAUUAUUAUAACUUUUUGCUAUGUUUCAUUUAUAACAUAUACUUUUUGUGAUUCUUUAUUUUAAUCAAGAUAUUAAAAAAUGCAAUGAAGUUAUUUUGUUAAAUAUGUUAUUAAAUACUUUAGCAAAUUAUAACCUUGAUUUUAUCAUAGGAGAUGAAUAAUUUAUGAAAUGUUUUUGCGAUGUCGUUCAUUAAAAUAUUGAAGGCGCCGAGUAAAUUAUUUAAAAAAGAUGUUAUAACAUUUUUAACAAUUCGACGUCAUGAUUUAGGCGUGCUAGACAACAAACUCUACUACAUAGCCGUAAAGCCAACAGCAUCAAUUUCAGUGCUCAGACAAAAAGUGUGGCAUCUAUUAGAUCUGCCAGAUUAUUGCGAUGAGAUUAUUAAACUAGAAUCGGAGGAUGGCAAAGAGCUACCGUUGACAUAUCUGCGUACUGGAAAUGAACCACAACAUCCUUACAUUUUAGAAGUGUGGUUACCAGGAAACCAGUCAUAUACUUCUGGAUUCCAUAAGAACAUGUUAACAAUGGGCGAUAGUAGUAUACUUAACCGAAACAGUUCAAGUGGCACCGAAUUUGAAGAGAAAAUCCACAAUGAUAGUAGUGCAAAGUCAACUGGUACACCAAUUUCUAAGACAACGGCAAUAAAUACGAAGAACGCAAACACUUUGCCUUCAGAUUGCAAAAACGAAGUUGGUUCAAAGAUUUCAUCGACAUCGCUCUUCUUUAAAUUACAUGGAAGGAAAAGUCGUGAUAACUUCACUAAUAUUUUACUCAAAAUUCAAAAUGAUCUCAUCGUGUUGAGUAACAAGUUAUCAAAUUUGGAAAAUAAAAUACAAAUUUAAAUAAAACUUUAUGAAAAA